CCGGCCGAACUCGAAAUGUUUUGAAAUAUGCAAAGUCGAACCAACAUGAACUCGACAAUAGUGACCAGGUGUUGAAUUUCGAGUGAAAAUGUUCUCUUCAAGAAGAUGUACAGGCAGAUUGACACCUACAAGAAAGCUAGUUAAGAAAGGAAGUAGUCUGAGAGAUUUAAGACCUCUGACGGAACGGGUUAGUUGAAAAUUUCCACUGUGUUUUCGGUCGGAACACAAUCGAUAUCCGACAUGCUACAACCUUUAUUUGGUGUCAAUUUCCAAAGUUCGCUGCUUGAUACCAAGGCUUGAUACGAGCUAAAUUUGGCGCCGAUUUUGAUUGUAUUUGUAGAUUGUGUUAGAAAAAGUCCUUGGAGUCACUUUGAAAGGAAAUUCUGGCCUGGCAUGCAACCCUGUCACUGGAGAAAUUGCAUUUCCAGCCGGGUAAGUAUGGGAAGAAAUUGUAAGCCAUAAUACUUCUUGAACGAGACCCAGAAUUUUGCCAAAUCGGAAACUAGCAGUCUGCACUUUAUAUAUUGCUUUUAAAGAUGUUUGCCUGUUUUAUAAAAGACUAUUUUGUUAGGAAUAUUGUGUUUUUUUUGUUGCUAAAUAUACCUAAUGGUUUAAUUCUGUAUUUUUUCUCGGUUGAGUUGUUUUAAGUUUAACUAUUUUGAAGGCUGAACGAGGAACCAUGCGUUCUAUUAUAUUCCGUUUUCAGAUUUCAUUUGACCCUUUGCCCUUUCUAAUUUACCCCUCGCCGUUCAAAACAAGGCAUAUUCAUUAUAUAAAACAGUUCAAAAUCUAGCUUUCCUGUGUUAAAUCUAUAGGGUUUGUGUUCAUGUCAGUCUUGUACUGUUACAAUCAAGUGUGGUUUGUUUUGCUUGUCUACAUAAUUUAUUACUUGUGGUUUUUUCAGCAUUUGUAUAAAAGAGAACUUAAAAAUAUAUAUUCUGGAUUUCCACACAGCAUAAAGGCAAAAAGUAUAAUCUUUUGCUAUUUAUAUGAUUUCAUUAUAACUUUAUAUGUAUUUUGUACAAAACAUUUGUACAUAUAUUCAAAGCAUAUAAACUGUGUUGACUUAUUGUCUUUGUUUUAUUGUUUAUAAUAAUCAAUCCCCCUCAUUUAAAAACAGUUAGCAUUCUAGUUAAAGUUUGAGAUCAUUAUCAAAUUGUCAAAUGGGCUUUUCAUAGUGUUCUUAAAAUUUCUAUAUAGUCACUUGGGAGUUGUUAUGUAAACAUAUUAAAUUCCUAUUUCACUCUGUCAAAUGUGUUUAGGUAUAGUCAUUGUUUGUUUGGGAUAUUAAGUACAAGGGAUUUUUCUUGAAUGAUUGACUUUGAUAAUAAACAGCAGUCAAACUUGAAAUUUCUAGGUAGAUAAUGAGCUCAGCUAGGCUAACAUAUUAACAAUCAGAGUUCUGAUAAAGAAUUUGGAGCCAAUGCUUUUUGAAAGAGUAGGCGGCUUGCCAGUUAUGUGGUACCUAACCAAGCGAGGUUUGCAGACAUUUCUCCCAGACUAAAAAGUAUUAUUUUGCUCAGGAAAUAUUUCUUUCUUGCGAAAAAUGCACAGAAAUCUCAGACAUUUUCGUAGAAAAUCUAUGGCAGACCCAAGGAAUUGUCAAAUGGGAAGAUCAGAAAUCUGCUUGGCCCUUGGUUCACAGAAGCAUUUUGUGCAGAUUCUUCCAAUUUGCAAAAUUUUGAGCUGAUUUUCAUAAUUGCAAGAAUGUUUGCACAGGAAAUUAAUUUUUGUCCAAAGCCAAAACUUUACAGGCUGAUAUUGUCUCCCCAUGAAGAUUUUGAACUUUGGACAUUUCCAACCAUUUUUGGGCAGUAGUUUUGUAGAUUUUGUCAUCAAAUAUUUAGUGAAGAAUAUUGUUUAAAAUUUAUGUUAUUGAAGCAAUAAACCUUUCUCUUGAUAUUUCUUUGGGAUAAGAAGGAAAUAUUUUGGUUUAUAAUUUGGAGAAAUAAUUACUGGUGAUUGUCUACCCUAUAGAUGGCGAAAAUCUUCGGACACCGGCUUCUAUUGAAUGCCCUGAACAAAAGUGCCAUUGUUCAAGAUUGAGUGAUCAAAAUGACAAUAUUUAAGCCACACUAGUGUGUUCUUCUUUGGCAUUUUACUCCCUCUCAUGUCUGAUAAUUUUACUUGUCCAAGAAAAAAAGUGUUAUUAAUUUUUGAAUUACCUCAUUUUCAGGUGUGUGAUUGUUUUUAUCAGCUCGACUGGUCAUGGUCAAAGUCACAUAAUUAAUUCAUCUAAGUAUGUUUGAUAGCUGUAGCUACUCAGAUUCCUGGAUUGGAUUGCAUGCUGGAGCCAGCUUGAACAUUUUUUUAGUUCUUACAGGUCUGCGGCACACUUGCUGCAAGUUUUUCCAACUACACGUGUAGCACAACUUGUCAACAUGAUGUGUUCGCACUGCUUGUUCCCAGCUUGUUGACAAACACAUUGUGUUUUGACAGGUUGUGAGUUUUUAUGUGUGUAGCCAAUAUCAAGUUGCACUCGCAUUGCUUGACGAUAAGUUGUUGGAUUUGUAUAACAAGUUGUUAGAUAUUACUUCUUUUAAAAAUCAGACAAGUGAUAUGCAUAUGCUCUCUAACAUGGUCCUACUUUUAGCAAUUUGACAAAAUUAUAGCAGCAUAUUGGUAUCAUCACAUGCUUAAUUGUUACAACCCUGUCAGUAAGCACAUCAUUGACAUCAAGAUAUGACAAUUUUUUACAUGUGAAUAUUGUAGGUUUGGGUAACAAUAUCUCAAAUGUGUUAAUUUUAGGAAGACUAUUUCUUCUCUGGCAUUUUCACCAGAUGGAAAGUUUCUUGUCUCAGGGGAG